GAAAUGAAACCAUGAAAUAGUAUUUUAUAUCUCCUAGUGAUAUCUAAUGGACUUUUUUCUUAGUUUGUUUUGCGCUUUCGUUCUUUUAGUAGUUCUUGGAAUUUUAGUGGUGGUGGUAUUUAUAUAUGCAACAACUAGUGAUACGUUCGCAACGAUAAAACGAUAUCCAGAUGAAGAAUAUUUUAUUGAUCCUUCAAAAGAGAAUGCUAAAAUUCCGUUUCCUUAUCUGGAACGAGAGUCAAGUGUUGAAUUGUCUGUAAUUGUGCCUUCUUACAAUGAAGAGGAAAGGUUACCUGUUAUGCUAGAUGAGGCAUUUGAAUACUUGGAGGAAAGAAAAAAACAUGAACCUUCAUUUACAUAUGAAAUUAUUAUUGUUGAUGAUGGAAGCAAGGAUAGAACCACCCAGGUUGCUUUGAAGUAUGUGAGGAAAUAUGGGGUUGAAUUGAUUCGAGUGUUGACCCUUACAAAAAAUAGAGGAAAAGGUGGAGCUGUUCGUUUGGGGAUGUUUAGUUCACGUGGCAAACAACUUCUUAUGGUUGAUGCUGAUGGAGCGACCAAAUUCUCAGAUCUUACUAAAGUACAAAAUGCUCUUCAAAAAAUUGUAAAUGGAAAGGAAUGUGAUCCUGCCAUAUCAGUUGGAUCAAGAGCACAUCUUCAAGAUGAAGCUGUAGCUCAGCGAACACUUCUUCGAAAUCUGUUGAUGUAUGGUUUUCACUUUCUUGUUUGGUUUCUCUGUGUCAGAGGCAUCAGAGACACGCAGUGUGGUUUCAAACUUUUCACAAGACCUGCUGCUCUUUUGACAUUCACGUCUCUACACGUUGAAAGAUGGGCCUUUGAUGUUGAGUUACUCUACAUUGCACAAAGAUUAAACAUUCCAAUCACUGAAGUGGCAGUAAAUUGGCAGGAAAUUGAUGGAUCAAAAAUGGUUCCUAUCUGGAGUUGGCUUCAAAUGGGCAAAGAUCUUCUCUUAAUUCGUCUUAGAUAUAUUUUAGGAGUUUGGAAAAUUUCUAGCACUAAUAAUUGACGGUCGAUAAAACUGUAAUAUUCACUAAUAAACUCAUAACGUGACAAAGUGGUAUAGCCAUACAGUCAUGUAGCGUAUAUUUGUACACAUCAUAACUGUAAUUAAUUGCAAUCGUCUCCUGGCAGGUAAGUGGCGAUAAAUAGAGAAGGAUAAGCAACUCCAGGCUUGUGGAAAUUUUUGUGAAAACAACUGUCGGUAUAUUUAAUAAGACAUUCCAUAGUUUCUAAAAUAAAUCAA